CAGUUGUGCUGAAAUGGCUGCAGCUUUGCAGCUAUCAUUACGAUACGUUUUGUCAACAACUUUGAGUUGUUCAACAUCAUCAAGCACUUCCGAAUCCGCCGAGCCUUGCUAAGAUGAGCGUGAACGUGGACAAGAUCCUGAGCAGCCCCGAGGCCACGUACACGGCCACCUACAACCAGCGCGAUCUGCUUCUGUACGCCGUGGGCAUCGGCGAGUCGUCGCUGCAGUUCACGUACGAAUUUGAUGACAAGUUCGCCGCCUUCCCGCUCUACCCUGUGUGCCUUCCCUUCAAGGGCCAGUCGCAGGAUGUGGUGCCCUUCCCACCCGAGACCAUUUCGGCUGCACCUGACGGUAUGCCCAGCUUUAACCCGGCCAUGAUCUUGCACGGUGAGCAGUCAGUGGAGAUUCUGCGGCCUCUGGAUCCCUCGGGCGGCAAGCUCACGGGCAAGACCAAGGUCAUCUCCUUCUAUGACAAGGGCAAGGGAACACUUAUGGAGACGCAGACCCAAUUCGAGGAUGCUAACGGGCCCGUGGCCAAGCUCAUCAGCGGCUCUUUCAUCCGCGGACUCACGGGCUACGAGGGUAAGGGCCGCAAGCUCCCAGCUCGCGUGCAGAUCCCUAAGCGCCAGCCGGACUUCUACGACGAGUUCAAGACCUCACCGCACCAGGCGCAGGUCUACCGCUUGUCGGGUGACUACAACUCGCUGCAUAUUGACCCGGAGAUCGCCAAGAGUGUGGGCUUCAAGCAGCCCAUCCUGCACGGCCUCUGUUCCAUGGGUGUGGCCAGCCGCGCACUAUACAAGCAGUUCUGCGGUGGCGACGUGGCGCGCUUCAAGUCCAUUCGCGUCCGUUUUUCGAGCCCAUGCUUCCCGGGCGAAACCAUCCAGACCCGCAUGUGGCAGGAAAGGAACGACAAGGUGCUCUUCCAGGCUGUGGUGAAGGAGCGCGGCGUCGUGAUCGUCGAUGGUGGCGAGUUCGUGUACGCUACGGACGCGUCUUCCCGUCUGUAAGCCGAAUUGCUAUCGUACUUCUUAUGCCGGAUAAGCUCCACGGUAAUGUGCGGCGCAUUGUGCGUCAACCAACUUGAAGUUGACGUCGACGUCAACUUCGUAAGCGUUAUGAAAUAUAUUCACUUUUGCAGUGCUUAAUUCAAAUACAAAUUGUGUUUAAAUUCCGGUGUUGGAG